AUGCGACCAGUGAAAAACUGGACCAGAAGCACCUUUGUUCAGGUGGACUUGUUCUUGUUGGGCAUUUUAGAAUCGGAUGAGAAGUCUCAAACUUUCACAAAUGAAAUCAGGGUCCACAUGAGUUGGACAAAUGAAUUCCUGACUUGGAACCCUUCAGAGUUUUGUGGGAUAGAAAAGCUGUCCAUUAUGACAUCAAUGUUGUGGUUCCCUGAUGUAAUCAUUAUUGAAGAUGUUUCUGAUGACGGGAGCAUGCGGAUGAGUCCACUGGUCACUGUAAAUUCCAACGGUUCAGUGAAGGCAGACUUUCAGCAGCGGCUGAGCUUUGCGUGCCGUUUAAAUCUCUCCGUGUUCCCCUUUGAUUUGCAAACGUGUUACAUCACAUUUUCAUCUCUGAACUCUGAGGCGGACUCUAUAACAUUUGGAACGAUCAGCGACGAAAGAUUCCUUACUCAAGUCUCUGAUACAGUCAUGCUCACACGGGGAGAGUGGGAACUCAAACACAUCGGCAUACACUCAACUAACCAAACCAUUCCAAACAAAAGCCGCGUUUCAUUCAAAGUGUCCAUGUUGAGAAAGCCAAUGCUUUAUGUGAUCGAUUUCAUCAUACCCCUCUUCUAUUUCCUGAUCAUGGAUUUGGCUUCGUUCUUCAUCAGUGAGGCCAGAGGGGAAAAGCUGAGCUUCAAAGUGACGAUACUUCUGUCCAUCUCCGUCUUACUGCUGCUUCUUGCGGACAUAUUGCCGUCCACUGAAAAAGACAUGCCAAUCCUAUCCAUUUAUUGCAUGGUCAUCUUUACAAUGGUGGCUGUAAGUGUCCUGGAGACCAUGCUGGUGAUGUUUUUAAUGGACUUUGAAGGUUUUAGUUGUUUUUAUAAGAAGGCUGAAAACUGUGAAAAUGCCAAGACUGAUGUUCAGCUGGAACCCAUGGAAGACGUUUGUGAGGCGAUGCUGGCUGAAGACGAAGUUCUUGGUGGAGGAGGAGGUGGCGGAGGUUGA